CGCCUCGUGACGCCCGACGAGCUCGCGACGCGGAACGGCGUCGACGACCCGUCGCUCUGGCUCGCGAUCGUCGGGCGCGUCUUCGACGUGACGCGAGGCGGCGGCGCGCGGCAUUACGCGCGCGGGAUGCCCUACGCCGGCUUCGUCGGGCGCGACGGCACGCGCGCGUUCGCGACGGGGCGAUUCGACGAGGACGGGCUCGUCCCGGACGUGGACGGCCUCUCCGACGACGAAAUCCUGGGCGUUCGGCGAUGGCUCGAGUUCUACGAGGGGGGGAGUGAAGAGAGAGACGCGUACCGCGAGAUCGGCGUGCUCGCGGGAGGACACUACUACGACGCGAACGGCGUCGAGACGCGCCGCAAGCUCGCCUUCGACGCCGCGGCGAAUCGC